AUGCCCAGCAAUACACAGAAACCGACUAUUGUUAUCGUCCAUGGCUCCUACCACACUCCUGCGCCAUAUGGACCGUUCAUGGAUGCUCUCAACACUCUAGGCUUCGAGACUCGGUGUCCUCAGCGGCCUACAUCUGAUCUCAGCAAGCUAAAUGUUGGCGAUGUGAAUGCCCCUGACUUUGAUAGAGGUCCUCCACCUGAAGGGUUUCCUACCGAUGACGAUGAUGUUGCAGUGCUCCGCCAGGUCCUGGACCAGCUUAUAGUCCAGGAAAGAAAGCAAGUGCUUCUAGUAGCACACUCUUCUGGCGGCUGGGUGGCAACUCAAGCAGCAGUCCUGGAGCUUCAGUAUGAGGCUCGCCAAGCGCAAGGUCAGAAUGGAGGGUUAAUUGGAAUCUUCUAUUACUCAGCCUUUACUAUUCCUCUUAACCAGUCGAUUAAUGGCUACUUCCAACCAAACGAUGGCUCCUUUACUAUCCCUCCAUGGUUAAAAUUCUGGAAGCAUGGUGCUGCUGGUGUUGCUACACUUGUUGAUGCACCAAAGUUUAUGUUCAAUGGCCUUAAUGCAGUUGAGGCUGAGAAGUGGACAGCAACCCUGACUGCAGCACCUAUCAAUACUGGUAUUCUUACAAACGAUGCCUACGCAACCAUACCCUGUGCCUACCUGGAGCUUACAGACGAUUACAUUUUACCUAAGGAGUACCAAGAGGCAAUGAUCAUGGAGCAAAAGGAGCUGGGCAAUGACUUUACAGUCUACUAUGCGCCCACGGGUCACUCUGCUCAUCUCACCUGGACGGAGCCAUUGGCUAAGAAUGUGGCCAACUUCGUGGACAAGGCCAGGCCUUGA